AUGUCCGAAAAUGUUUGCUCGUCCACUGUUGAAAUCGUCAAAAACAAUGGAUAUGCUGUUGAAGUACACAAUGUCGUCACGGAGGACGGUUACAUCCUGGAGUUACAUCGCAUCUCGGAAAACAAGAACGGACAUGGACCCACCAGGAACCAUCCUGUGUUCGUACACCACGGCAUUCUGGGGAGUUCGGCCGAUUGGGUACUUGGCGGAGCUGAUAUAUCGUUACCGAUGCAACUAUCCGAUGCCGGGUACGACGUGUGGUUGGCCAACUGCCGGGGUAAUACCUACAGUAGAAAGCACUCGACGAUGACUUCCAAGCAAAGAGAUUUUUGGAAUUUUAGUUUACACGAAGUCGGAACUUUCGAUUUGCCAGCUUCGUUCGACUACAUUCUCAUGAAUACCAAUGCCUCGCAACUCCACUACGUAGGCUAUUCAAUGGGCACCUCCGUGUUUUUCAUAAUGGCUUCUGAAAGACCCGAAUACCAUCACAAGAUUAGGUCGCAAAUCAGUCUCGCACCGGUAGCCUACUUGUUCAACACAAGAUCGUCUGUAAGACAUAUCGCUCCGUACGCGGAGAAGAUGAACAUUAUGUAUCAAUGGGUUUCCAAUGGAAUGUUUUUGCCUCAAUCGAGGAUGCAAUCAUUUUUGGUAACCAACACGUAUGGAGAAAAAAUUGCACGGACUUUGUUUUGCCAAAAAUGCAUAUCUUAUGUAGUGUCUUCCGUGUGUGGUAGUGAAACGUAUAUAUUCGACAAUACAUUAAUACCACUCGUCAUUGAACACUUUCCGGCGGGAACGUCGUCUAAACUAACCACACAUUUUUCACAGCUUAUAUUGAAAGACAGUUUUAGUCGAUACGAUUAUGGGCCAAUCAUGAAUUUACAACAUUACAAUUCUACCGAACCUCCAACAUACGACUUGGGAUCCAUACAAGUUCCAAUUGCGUUGGUAUACGGAAAAAACGACGUAUUGACGGACGUGGAGGACGUGAUGAGACUGAAAUCACAACUUCCGAAACUGAUGGACUUCGUUCCGGUGGACAGCCCUCGUUGCAAUCACGUGGACUUUUUGUGGAGUCUAGACGUGACCAAACAAGUAAACGCGAAGGUGGCGGAAAUACUGCAGAAGACCGACCACGCGGACUGGGAGUAUACAGGUCCUCCCUCGGGCUCCUGUACAGAUACCGACGGAACGGGUGGUAACGACGGUCAAACGACCGAAGAACGACAGCCAAACUCGACGGGUGAUCAUCACGUAUACGUAAACUUUGCCCCGGGCCCGGAUUGCUCGGCGAUGAACUCAUCGGGUGCAGCUCCGGUGCAACGGGACGACGACAAGUCGGCGGAGAUCGUACGAGGUCUGAACCUGCUACAAAAGGUGCAGCUGUUAGACAACUUGAUCGUGCUGUUGAAGUCCACCGAGACGAAGUACCACCAACUUCGGGAAGGUUUCACCCGCGAGUUUUCCGAAUGGACUCGCGGCGCCCGAAACGAGAACGGUACUCGUCAUGGCGCCGGAAUUGACGUUGUGGCGGCGAACGGGGCGGAAGACACCGUGGUCGUGGUAAAUACCGAACAAGACACCGUGGUCGGGGUAACGACCGAACAAGACACCAUAGUCGGGGUAAAGACCGAACAAACCACCGCGACGUGGCGCCGCACAGGUAUCGGAAAAGUCGGUGACUUUGUUGAUUAUUAUGGCGGUCUAAACCGCAUGGACGACCGGACGGCGGCAAGACGCGCGCUUUACACCACGUUCAGUAGUCUCGGAAGAGCGAUCAGGUUCUUGAAGUUGCGUUAUAAAUAG